AUGUUCCGGCUAUCUGACACAUCCGGUUGCCAGCUGAGUUUUAUGGCAUAUCUGCUGGUGUGUGAAAGGACAGUUUCCAUCUGGUUUCCAUUACAAUGCUAAAAUCCGCCGUCCCGCUGCUCAGCUGUGCUUCCUCUCGACACUUUGGCAGGCUGUGUGGAUGAUCCGUUCAGCUGGACCCUCUGCGCCUCUGACAGUGCUGAUGACUGUGAUGUAGCUAUGUAUGUUGCCCGGUGGAUUUUGUCUCUGAUCUCUGCCUGGUGACAGGACCUUGGCAAUUUAAUUUCUGUCACCACCUGAAUACUCCAGUCCUUGGACACCAUACAGUAUAGUGAGCCAUGCUGAAUGGAUGUUGUUCUGAACUCCCAUCAAUAGACUGCCAUGUUUGUGUAAGAAUGAGAAAUUGAGCAGGGAUAAAGUCAAAAGCGAGUGAGACUGAAGGGGCCAAAGUGAUUGUGUUGUUGAGAAAUUAGACGAGCCAUCCUGUUGCUAGGUUGGCAGCACCUAACGUGGCCAGGCCCUGAGGAUGACUAGUCUGUUCAGGCGCAGCAGCAGCAAUGGAGGCUCUAGAAGCAGUGGAGGUGGUGGUGGGCAGCUUAACAACAGCAGGCCCAACCGGCAGGUCCGACGCCUCGAGUUCAACCAGGCCAUGGAGGACUUCAAGACCAUGUUUCCCUCUAUGGACUAUGAGGUGAUUGAGUGUGUGCUGCGCUCCAACAAUGGAGCUGUGGAUGCUACCAUUGACCAGCUGCUCCAGAUGAGCAUUGAUGGACAGGGCUCAGAUGACAGCUCGGACUCAGAUGACAGCAUUCCACCAGAGAUCCUGGAGAGAACACUGGAACCUGACAGUUCAGAUGAGGAACCGCCUCCAGUCUACUCUCCACCAGCAUACGAUAUGCACAUUUAUGACAGGAAAUACCCAGAAGCCCCACCAACACCGCCACCAAGAUUUGAAGCAGAGCCACCUCCAGGUCACCAGCAGGUCAGAAGCUACCGGAACUGGAACCCUCCUUUGCUUGGAAAUCUCCCAGAUGAUUUCUUGCGGAUCCUGCCACAGCAGUUAGACAGUAUAAAGAGCUCUCAGAGCAGUCUAUCCCAGCCCUCAUCAUCAUCCUCCUCCUCAGUUUCUUCAAUAAGCCAAUGGACAGCCCAAUCUGGUUCUCGUUCUGGAGCUGAAGGGACUACUGGAGGUCCAAGUUUGACAACAGGAACGACAGAGCAUGACAAGAAACUGAAGCAGUAUCUGGAAGAUGAGCGCAUUGCCCUCUUCCUGCAGAAUGAGGAGUUUAUGAGAGAGCUACAGCGCAACCGCGAGUUUCUCAUUGCCUUAGAGAGAGAUCGCUUGAAGUAUGAGUCAAAGAAAUCAAAGUCCAAUCAUUCAUCUAGCAUGGAGAAUUCCACAGGAGAGCAGUAUUCUGCAGCUUCACUGGAGGCUGUCUCGGACGAUGCCCUGUUCAGAGACAAACUCAAACACAUGGGCAAAUCAACGAGAAAGAAACUAUUUGAAAUUGCCAGAACAUUUUCAGAAAAGACAAAGAGGAGAAAGUCAAAGAGGAGGACACUCCUGAAGCACCACUCAUUGGGCACAGCCAACUCUACAGCCAAUCUUCUCGACAAUGUUGAGGGAAACCCCUGUGAGGAAGCUGGUCAGUCAAGUAGAGCAAACACUCAGGAAGAGAAUGAACAACGCAAUGAGCCAAUAUCAUGAUCCUCCCAUGCUGCACCACAUCAGGUUUACCAUGGUGACGGCAGCAUGACCCAUGGGUGGUGGCCUUGCAGCUCUCUCUGUUCCCACCUGCUCAUCCCAUCCUAAUCCAAACCAGCCAAUGUAAGGCCCAGCAUGAAUUGAGACCCACCUCCUUCUCUUGGAGCGGAACUGGACUCUACCCAGCAAUGGGCCAACUAUCUGGAAAUGCAUUCUCUGUAUUAUAACACUUUGAUGAUAUAUAAUUUUAAAUGUAAAGGAAAAUGUAUUAUUCCUUACCAGUAUUUCUUAACUGCUUCCUUUAAUCCACCGAGAAGAACACUAGUGCAGUGAUGAUUCCUCUGUUACUUUUCCAGUCCUGUACAGUAGCAGAGUGUAUGUUUCUGAUUGGGGUCCCUCAGGCUGGGCAUUUCAGAGAAGUGUGCACAUGCCCCUUUAUAUACACUAAACCACGUAGAGCUUUUUUACCUUGUUUUCAUAAUCAAUUGUAAUAUUUAGCUGUUUUUCGAUGUCAGAGGAUAUGUAACUGAAAUUCUUAUGUGUCAGAAUAUUGUGGCCAUUAAAGUUGUGGCUGCCCAAUUGUCAACACAUUUAAAGGACUGUGUUCAGAGAAACAAUGUUUGGAGCAGUUGAGUUAAAUGCUGCAGCAUGGAGUGGUUUACUAGUUUGGUUUGUUUGGUUAGGUGAAAACGGUGUCAUUCAAUCAACUGUAGUAGCACUACCAGCACAGCUGCACAGGUAAAGGUUGGGAGGAGUUGUGUUAUCAGAUCAUGAGCAAACAAAGGUAUCAAGUGAUGGACAUCAUGAAUGGGCUUACCAAGGUUUAGAAGGCAACAUAAUGAAACUGGAUAACUUAAAAGCCAGUUUCUACAAAGUGUUGUUCUGCCACAUGAUUAUGCCUAUUGUGAAUGAACACAUUUGAAGGCUUGGGGAAAGGGCUGCUAUCAUAGAGAGAGGCAUGAUUCAAUAAUUGUUCAGAAAAUGGCAUAACUGUUCAUUUUCGGACAGCUCUCCCUGAAGGUAGUGUUGGACUCAGGCAAGGGUUUUAAACUGUGUUGCUGCAUGAGCGACCUCUGUCGGUUGGUUAGGGUGCUUGCACCAUGGGGAGUGAAACUGGGAGAAAGCUCACAGGUUACACCCACAGUCAUUUGCCCGCCUGCCAGUUCAGGUUUUGAGAAACAGCAGGAGAUGCCACCUCUCACACAGGUAGCACAUGCUUAUCUGCAUGCUGUUUCAUGGUAUAAGUGUAGCAUCAAAGUAGUAGAGUAAAAGCGGACAGAUGGCUGGCUGCUAGAUGUUGACAUCUACCUCCUCCUACCCAUAAGCCCUUGGAUUAUAUUAAGGUCAUUUUCUGUUGGUUGGGAUUAUGUCUUCAGUCCUGUCACAUCCAGAGAUGACUCAGACCUGCAUUUUUGGGCAUUACUGUUUUUUUUCUUUCUUUUUUAGAAUGGUAUUGUUCUCAACUUGCCUAUUGAACCAAACUAGGAGUCUGAAUCCAUAGAUGUAGUUGUGCUUGGCGUGUGCAUACUCUUCAUUACAGCAUACAGCUUCAUUCACUGUGUCACUAAAUUCUUUGCUAGUACUCUGCCAGAUUUCAAGAACUCUUGCAUUUAACCUUAAAUGGUAACUGUUAUGGAACUAAGAAAUGUCACUCAGACUUCUUUACCAUGGCACAGAUUGUCCCUGUUGUCUUUCACAAAAUCAUGCCUUUGUCUGCUUGAGAAAUAGAUAAUACUUUUCUAAAUGCCAGUGAAAAUCCUGUACACAGGAAAAUAUGUGAUUUCUAUAUGAUUGAUGGAUUUGACUGUAGGAUAAAGCAUCUAAAAUGUGAAGACUUACUAUGAUGGGAUGCCAUUGAAAGUGAAGUCUCAAGUGGGUGAAAUUAAAAUAGAAAAAAUACUUUUGAGGUUUUCAUCCAUCCCCUCUUAUUGCUCUUUUCAUUUUUAUGUGUGGAUGUAAAACUAGCAUAGAGUAAAGAUGUAGUAAAGGUCUGAUGUAGCCUGUGUGAAGAGAAGUUGUCAGAAGAGGAACAUAAAAAAUGUGCACUGUGGACGUGAGUUUACAAUGCAAGGGUUCCAAGAAAACUGCCUGAUUUUAAGUUCUAGACAAAAUGGAUGAAUUAACUUUCAAUCUGUGAAAAUAACUUUCCCUCUCUCUUUGUGAAUAAAGUGUUUUUUUUUAAAUCACA